AUGGACUCAAAGCAAAUCUGGAGGCCGUCGUUGCUGCUGAUCUUGUUCGUCGGCAUGCGGUUGAGCGGAACAAAAAAGUCCGACACCGCCGCCGCCGCAAUAAGCAUCAUGGGCAGCGACUGCACCGGCUCCGCACUGCGGCUCAGUGUCUCUGAGAGGAGCCGCAAAAGAAACAGGUAUUCCAUGACGGUCUUAAAUGGAACGUACAGGAUGCGAUUCCCGUGCUUCUCGUACUCCUGCAUGAUGGCAAGGACCUUGGGCGAGCGCACCGGCGCGGCAAGCUCCGCAAAGAACUGCUCUGUGCUCAUGUGA